CGCUCGGAGCCGCGCACGCUCCGAUCCGCACUCGGGUCUUUCCUAUCGAUAUAUAGUCUUCGUCUCCGUCUCCGUCUCCGUCAUCAUAUUCGUUUUCGCGUUUCGGCUCCGUCCGCCGUCCCGUUCCGGGCUACUACUAUCGGUGUGAUCAAGAUCAAGCAGGAUUACUUCUCUAAUUCCGUUCCGUUCGCGCACACGUGCCAGUGGGCAACUCGGCUCGCACACGCGAACGAAUAAUUAGUGGCCAACGAAAGGAUUGUGAUCGGACCAGAAGUGAAGUGAUGGCACAAGUGAUGCAGUAUCAACAGAUAUGCAUGCCGACGAUGUCGCCGAUGCCUGGCGUGACGCCGAUGUCCAGCCUGCCGAUGCCGAUGCCGUCCGCGAUGGAUUACGGAGGACCGAGCAUUCAUUAUCAGCCCUACAAUCCGACGCUGAGCGGUCAUCAUCAUCUCCAGGCCAGCCAGUCGAGCUGCUACUGGUACCCCGGCAGCACGAGUCACAGUCAAAUGACCGAGCCGCUGACGCCACCGGCGUACACGAUGCCGGCCGUGCCGACCAGCACUGCCUCGUGGACCACUCAGACGCAUCUGGCCCAGCCCCAGCUCGCGCCGAUACCGGGGAUUCAGCACUAUCCGAUGCCGCCGAGCCCGCCGGAACUUUCGCCGAGUCCCCAGGAGCACACCGGCCAUUACCAAUGGCCGUUGACGCCGCCGGCGGAGCAUCGCCUGUUAACCGCGGAGGAACCGGGCAAGUCCGGCAGAAAGUGUACGAGAUGCCGGUGUCCGAACUGCCAAACGGACAGCGGUGCGCAGUUGGGCGUCGACGGGAAACGGCAACACGUAUGCCACGUGCCCGGCUGCGGCAAAGUGUACGGCAAGACCUCUCAUCUGAAAGCUCAUCUCAGGUGGCACACCGGCGAACGACCGUUCGUCUGCAACUGGCUCUUCUGCGGCAAGAGGUUCACCAGGAGCGACGAGCUGCAGCGUCACCUUCGCACCCACACCGGCGAGAAGAGGUUCGCCUGCCCGACCUGCGGGAAGAGAUUCAUGAGGAGCGACCAUCUGACGAAACACGUGAAAACCCACGAGAACCAGAAGAGAAGGAACUCGACGAGCAAAAAGGAAUCGAACAAGGAGAACUCUGUGCCCGCGGUGACCACGCAGAUCGCGUAUCCGCCGUCGAUCGGCGGACAGUACACGAUGAUUUGA